AUGUCGUCGUCAAGUAGUAGUGAUGAAUUUGAAGAUGCCGAGGAUGGACUGGGUCCUUUAGAGGAUCGAAGGCGGUUAUCGUGCAUGCGCAACGGUCACAAAAUAUCAGGCAGUAAUCACUCAGCAAUAAUCAGAUCACCCGCACAAACACUACAAACAACACCCGUUAAAUCAGCACUAAUCGAUGAAAUCGACAAGCGCUCUGAGCUGAUCAUUCAACAACCAUCCACAUCUAAUUAUAUCAAUUACAGCUCACCGUUAUCUCCAAAAAUCACGAAGACGGGUGACAUGCCAUCAUCGUCAUCAGUUUCACGUCGUGGUCGUUUGAGUAUUCUUCGCGGUCGAAUGCGAAGUGAGUUUGGCCCAAGUGGUGUAACUAUGAACUGUGGUGGUAUUUUGCUGGGUGACGCGUCAUCGAUCGAAGAAGAAACUGCACCAACCAGUGAAAGUGCUUCUUUGGCGUCAUGGGGUCGUAAUCUUCUUAUGGAACACUCAUCGGUCAACGUUGGACCCUUCUUUCCAUCCGAUUCACUCAGUACGAAGGCGUUUAAUCCAAAUGUUCAAUCCGCUGAGUACUUAACAGGUGUGCCCUUAGUCUCACCGACGGCUGAUAGUGAUCGUGCGAUAACGUCGUCCACCCAACGAGCAUCAUCUCAGUCAUCCACCCACAAUCCACCGAUAUUAUCCGCCAUAAAACCGCCAUCAAUACCGCCGCCUCCUUUACCCAAAUCACCCCCUCCUCAAUCACCGUCCACUGAGUUAGUGAGGAAGUUGCCGUUACCGCCGCCAACAUCGAUACCACCACCAUUACCCCCACGAAAUCCAGCUCUGAAAUUACCUGCUGCUCUUCCACCACAACAGAUCGCAUCCAUCGUCUCUGAAAGUUCUGAAAAGUCUCCAUCUAUGCUAGCAUCUACAACUGAACCAGAACCAAUCAAUAAACCAGCACACGCCGUUCCAGCGUCAUCCUCAUUAACAAAUGAAUUGUCCACUACUUACCGCCGUGGACAUGCCAAAACGAACUCAUUGGAUCGUGGUCUGAGUUUAGCAAAGUCCAUGAAAAGCGGUCCAUUUCCUCCACCAUCAGCGAACAAAAGUAAUUCAUUGAAGAGAGAAUCAUCAAACGACAACACGGCAAAUACUUCAGCAGAUUUGAAUUCAUUUUUGUCGUUGGAUGGUGGUGAGGAAGAUUUACGAAAUAGUGACGCGCAAGGAAUUAUUCAUCAAAUCACAUCGUCCAUUCUUAACGAUGAACCACUCAGAGACGAGUCGUCAGCUAGCGAUACGCCCUACACGACUGCACUGAACGUGGAACGUAUUCCAUCGGUGAACGGUGAAAAAGUGGAUAACGCGAAUAACAUACUCAUCCCGUCCGUAUCCAGUGGCACUAGUCCGUCAUCAGACGCGCCAUCCACUGUAAUUAAAACAGAUAAUCUCAGUAUAUCAGCACAACAACAUCAAACCAAUAUCUGUUUAACACCUUCUGAUGGUGAUAAUGAGAAAGAUGAUACAUUAACGAGAGAAUCGCCGAAUGCGGAUGGUACUUUGAAGAAACCGGUAGCCGUAUCCCCACAAGCAUUCAUUGAUCCAAUUACAAGAGACGUUGAACGACGAAUGAGUAUGAAAGGACAUCAACGUACUGAAAAAGGAUCAGAAGAAGAUGAAACAGCGUCGCAAACAUUAGCGAAUGCAGGUGGUUUGGAGCGGGCAACAACGUUGAUGAAAGAAUACGGCAGUUAUGCAUCUGGUCUAUUUCGUGGUGCUCUUUCAAGAGCGAGGCAUGUGGUUUCAUCAGGCGGAGCCGUAUCGAAACUACCGAAAGAAGAGGAAGAGAGUUGCAAUGAGAGCGAAAAAGACGAAACUGGUAAUAUCGAUAGCACACCUAUUGGUGCAAUAUGGUGUAUGCGAUUCUCGUUAUGUGGUCGUUUAUUGGCCACGGCCGGUCAAGACAACAUAAUACGUGUGUGGAUACUACGCAAUCAUUUAUCUUAUUUCAAUAAGAUGCGUGAAAAGUAUAACUCGAGAUCCAAGAAAACGUCUUCUGUUUCGUUGGGUGAGCAUUCAUUGCAAAAAGCGAUGCAGCAGAUCGAAGAUGACUUCCGUUCAUCAUCUACAACGUUAGGUGAAAGUAUUGAAUCGUCCGAAUGUCAUGACGAAGAGGCGAGCAACGAGAGUUGCGCUGUGAUGGCACCAAAACCGUUGUGUACAUAUCGUGGUCAUACGGCCGAUGUGCUUGAUUUGUCGUGGUCACGUAAUUAUUUCAUUCUAUCGUCGGGCAUGGAUCGAACCGUUAAGCUGUGGCAUGUUUCUAGACCUGAAUGUCUUUGCUGUUUCCAGCACAUGGAUUUCGUUACGUGUAUUGCGUUUAUGCCCAAGGAUGAUCGCUACUUCUUGUCUGGUUCAUUGGAUGGUAAAUUGCGGUUGUGGCAUAUUCCCGAUAAGAAAGUGGCACUCUGGAAUGAAGUUGAACAGGUGAAGUUCAUAACAGCGAUAGCGUUCGUGAAAAACGGUCGAUUUGCUGUGGUUGGCACUUACGAUGGUAGAUGCUUCUUCUAUUCAACCGACCAACUUAAAUACCAUACGGUCAUUGAUGUGCGUUCGACGAGAGGUAAAAAUGCAAGGGGUCAUAAGGUAACAGGAUUGGCUGUCCAUGGAGAUAAACUGCUGGUGACGUCGAAUGAUUCUAGAAUUCGAAUGUACGAUCUGCGUGAUAUGGCACUCACUUGCAAGUUUAAGGGUGCGCAAAAUGAAAGAAGUCAAAUUCGAGCAUCGUUCUCACCAGACGGUAAGCAUAUAGUGUGCGGAAGUGAAGAUAGGUAUGUGUACGUAUGGACAACUGCGGAUUUACCGUCGUCGUUGUCCGUCAGGAAGGAUCGAAAUGACUCGUGGCAACGCAUUCGAUGUCAUUCGGCAUGUGUAUCGGCAGCAAUAUUCGCUCCACGGCCACAACUUUUCCUAUCGCUGCUUGAACAUCGCCGUUAUGGGGCUGAAGAACGUCGCUAUGAGACGGGAGUGCAUUUGAAGAGCUUGCAAGAACGUCAGUUACAUGGCGAUGUUAUCAUAUCGGCUGAUUUGAGUGGAUCGAUUAAAAUUUUGGUGAAUCGAACAAAGAUUAAAGCUGGCUCCUCGAAUUUUUUCACAACCGAUAUCGCCUAG